AACCAUCUUUCACUUCAUCAUCGAUUGUCAACAGCAGUGUUGUGCUCCUUGGGCUUCGUCAUGUACUGACACCAGAACGAGCGACGUCACUACGCCUGACACUGUUGGCCAACUACAUCAAUUCCACUCACCUCUGCGAGAACGCGUAAAGCAUCUCCGAAGGAUUCUGGAGACGAUUGCCAUCUGCAAUCAUAGUCGCGGCGGUUUGCAUGCGUGUACAGUGGUUGGCUUGGCACACCCAGCGAUGACAAGAUCAACCAUAUGACCGGAUUGUCGCAGGGCCUGUAUGCACUUCCUAUGAUAUUUCUAGGCUCCUUGUUCUUUCUGCAUCUGUCAUUCCGUACGACUGCUUGAAGUAGCAUCUCUAUCAUGCAGUGACCCCAUACUCUUAUCGUUCGCUAUCUUGCUCGCCAUCUUGCUCGCCAUCUUGCUUGCCAUCUUGCCCGCUUUCUUGCUCGCUUUCUGUCUUUGCCGACUCCCGUCUCAGUCAUUAUUGCUCGUUCAACGCCCAACUUUGAACUCACCGCUACAUCGGCCGCCUCUAUGAUGUUGCUUGUAUUCUGCCACGAAGGGUGUCUCAUUUGCUGGCCGUUGUUCACACACGUGAUAUACUGCGCAUUUCUGGUCGAUGAGCGCUUGUGCCUUGUCAACGCGUGCGCUCGCUCCAUCGCUGCCGUAUAUAUCUUUCCGAUGGCUGCCUACAAUCGCUUCAGUCUCUCUAUGGAUCUUAUACAUCUCGGAGGUUUAGCCAUUACGGUCAUUUUAUGGGCCCUGCCCCGCAACCGGAUCGGCGCGGUGAAGAUAGCCGUUGGAAGAGACGUAUGCGGAUUUGGAGACGAGCAUAGAACUUGGGAUCAACCGACCGGACUUGGAGAAUCAAUUCGAGGGCAUUCGACAAGACUACGUCGACGCGUAUAGACGCGCGCAUCUGACAGGGACACUCUUCGAGGAGAUUAUUCAAAUGUGCCUUGGAUUAAGCUGUCGUGUGCAGUGUGUCCAAUGGAGGGCCCAGCGGCUGAGGAAGGACAUCAUGUUGGCUAUCGGUGACCAUAUGCAAGCUUCGCUUGCUCAAGGGAGUGGAGCACAUGUCGAACCCGUCGACAGUGUCAUAUCCAGUUGAACGCGUCUUUGGAACUUUUCUAUGCGCACGCUCGCCUCGCUAUCGCUAAUGCUACAUACUUUGUCGACUCACAGAACGUUUGUACUUUGCUCUCAUUGCUAUGUUUGUAGAGCUCAGGCCCCCUGUCAUUUUUACACACAAUUUUAUGCGGCAUGGAUAUUAGCUUCGCACCGCCAUAGAAGUC